CCGUGCUGGUCGUUCGGCCGGUUCGGUUGGUGUGCGAGCGUGCAGCGUGACGUGACGUGACGUGCGUGCGCCGCGCCGCGCCGCGCCGGCUACGAGAUCUAGCAGCUGCCGCUCUCGCGAACCGAGUGUCGGUUGACGUUUCGCCCCGUGAGAAACCCGUUGUCGAGUCUGCGCGUGUGUGCGGUCGGUAUGCGGGCAGCCCCGUUGGCUGGCUGGCUGGUUAGUCGGUCGGUUGGUUGCUUGGUUGGCUGGCUGCUGGUUCGGGCAUCCUCUCACGUGCGUGCGUCCCCGCGCGCGGAUCUCCCGUGAGUGUGUGUUUUAUGGGCUUUUAACGUUUUUCGCGUCUUGCGUUUGCGCGCGCGCGCGCGCGCGUGUGUGUGAGUUUGAAAAUUUGAAAAACAACGUGCGCGAGUGCUGUCUGCGGAUAGCCGUGAAAAGGAGGAAAAAAAAAAAGGAAAAAAAAAAAAAAAAAACAAGAAGAGAGGCGGCCCGUCGCAAACAAGUAUCGGAUUAAGGAUUUUUCCAUCUUUUCACCAAGAGGAUUUGUACGUGCGAUCUCGACUUCUUUUCUCCCUCGUCGUCGUCGACGUCGUAAGGAAACGAUCGGAAACGACGGUGUACAAGCCUAUAGCGGAAUAUGGCACGAGAGGCACCGCCGGCACCAUCUCGGAAGCCAUGCCGGCUGACGAGUUCGUGCGUAUCCGACGAGAAGACGGUGAUAGAAAACCGAGCUUGCAGCCGCCUUAACGCACUGAUCGACUGAUUGCGUCGUCGUUGAUAAAGAAAGAGAACGAGAAAGACGAAGGCCCUUCGCAGGAUCGACCUGAUCAUGCUCUUAGCGAACCCGUUUCCCUACCCGUUGUCAUCGUAUAGUUCCACGCUGUGAACCCGAUAUGUGAGAGUCGCCGCCGCCGUCUGGUGGAUGCCAUCGCCAUGGUGGAGCAACUGGUGUGCAGCAAUUCGCUGAGUCCAGGAACGUAACGUUCAAACGAGCCUCAGAUUCAUACAUAUUCGUUCUAUCUUUAAGGAACUAAUUGCAAUCGAAACGAACGAAUGGUAGCUCCGGCUUGAAAACUAACAAAUGACACGCCUUUACGUAUUUAGAAUAAAGAAGGCCCGAGACGACUUUAAAAAGCGAUUUAUUUUACUACGGGAGUGUUAAGAAAGCAAAAGUAAAAUUAGAAGUUCAAAUUGAUGAAUCGCGUAUUAAUUCACGAUAGACUUAGUAUAACUUCGAAGUUUAGAAAUUUAAUCGGAACUUAUUCGGAACAUUUGCGUAGUGUGAAGAGAGAAGUGAUAUUGUUCAUCACGAAGAAUCUAAACUGAAGAGAAUCGAGUUCGAUGUGUUAUGUGUUUAUGUGAUUUGACAGACAAUUAGUUUCGUCGUGAAACAUUCAACGUAAUGAAGAAAGAAAUAACGUCCUCUAAUACGACGAAUUUAGUAUGAGGAAGAUCAAAGUUGACAUCUACGUGCUAUGACACGGUGGAUUUGGUGCAAUUCAGUACUUUGUUCCGUCACGAGAUGUAAGGAUUACCGUAUCAGGAGAAAAGAGAAGAAGCCUCACUCCGCGUGACACCAGCGUGUCGAGUAAUGCUGAAACACAUCCUGACGGGGCAGCCGUCGUCAACGGGCUCCAGGCAUCAUCACAAUGAUUAUCAGACAAGCUCGGGCUCGUUGCACGGCGGACACCACCAUCAUCACUUGCACAACAGUUCGUUGCACCAGGAUCAGCAACAACAGCAACUGCCGCAAUCGCAGCAACCACCGCAGCAGCAACAGCAGCAGCAGCAUCUUCAUCAUCAUCACUACACCGGAAGCACCGGGACACGCAGCGGUGUCACCGGGCAUCGCGGUAACAAUAGCGGAAUCGACAUGUACGAUUCCGUGUCGAGACCAACAGCGGCGACGGUGUCGAAUGUGCAUCAAUCGGCGACGACUCCCUCGUCGACACAUCGGCAUCCGCUGAACCAUUCUCAGCUGAGCGUGAACAACUUGUCGCAACGUUUGAACCAUUCGCACGCCCUUAACGUAUCGACUCUGUCGACCUCCAAGCAUUCGGUUAAUAGUGUCAGUCCGGUCGGUGGCGUACAUGGCAAUAACGGUGGCGGUAACAAUAAUAAUAACCAUAACGUCUCGGCGAGUCAGUUGGGCCACACCGUAAUCUCGCAAACGAAUGUCUCGCAUCAGGACAGGCCAAAGGCGAACGGCGGCUUCGACAUCUCCAGGCUGUCGCGGUUGCCGAGUCAGACUACACCGUCACCCGCACCUGCCGCAUCUGCACUUCCUGUUGUAGCUAGCCAAGUAGCUGGUGGGCCGCUUAAUGCCUCCUGGUCUUCGUCGCUAUCCAGGAAUCUCCAUCGGCGUGAUGAGGCUGGCGUGAAGGAGAUGCUAACGAGCCUCGGAUUGUUGUGUUUGGUAUCCCUACUUUUAGCUCUGUUAUCGGUCAUCUUCCUACUGAAGAUCUCGCCGCUCACAGUCACGUCCAAUAGCCUUAUCAGCCCGGAGGAAUUUGUGAUCGUCUACGAGGUCACCCUCGCGUUGUGCGCCCUCGCCCUGUCUCUCAAUCUCUGUUGCCUGCUGGUCUGCGCCAUACAGUUCCUUUUCGCGGUGAAGCUCGUGAAAACCUCGUAUCAGAGUCACCGAAGUAACAAGUACCUGCAAAAAUCGUCCAUCAGCCGCGUGUGCGCCGUCGGAGGUUUUUUCAUUAGUAUUCCCGUCUUCUUAACUGGUAUGAUCUUAUACACGUUCAUCCAGUUCCAUUCGACACCGGCGAUUGUCACGUCGGUCUUCAUCGGCCUCGGUAUUGUGUUCUGCGGAUGCGCUAUGGUGCACAACGUCUUCGUAUGGCAGAAAGAGAAGACGAAUGCUGUAAAAGCGUUUGCCCGCGAGCAAUGCGAGGUUGCGGCACAGCUACAGCGUCAACAGCAGCAGUUGCAACUGCAUCAGCAGCAGCCGCAUCAGCAGGUACACUCGCAGCAUCAACAGCAACAGCAGCAUCACCAUCAUCACCAUCAGCAGCUGCAACUACGGCCGACGCUGCAUACGGGUUCGAAGCUUGGUAGCGGAAGUGGCGGCCCAAUGGGCCAUUCGACCGUCAGCCUGGCCCAACUUAGUCGCGGCCUUCAUCAUUCUUAUCAGCAUCAUCCUCAUCAGCAUCAUUCUCAUCAGCAACGGCACGUGUCCUCCAUGUCGCCACCAUUAUUACUGUCAUCGCCGCAUGCCGCAUCACAGCAUAACCAUCUGACGUAUCGUGGUGGUAUCGCCGCCGCCGCUGCCGCUGCCGCUGUCGCCAUCACCGCCACACCAUCAACGACACCCGGCGAUCGGUCGCCGCCGAGUCCCAACGGUGGUGGCGGCGGCAGCGGCAAGCUCAACAGGUCGCAGCACUUGCCACGUGAAACCAGCGGCAGCGUGAGCCCCGGUCUGCCGGCGGCUACGCUCGACCUGAGUAGUGCCGCUACUACCAACAGUCCGCACGAAUUGUCGACUCUUGUUUAA